ACAGCAGAGAUAGCAGAUAUGAUGGGCUGCAGCACCCCCACCAGCAUCAUUAUCAGUCAGGUGGCUGCAAGACUGAAGCAUUAUGUGGACGUACAGAGGAAGGAAGCCAGGUUUGACCUGGGAAUGGUAGAUAAACUCGACAGAUACCGACUGUAUCAGCUAACGAGCCCUGACGGCCCCCCUCACACUCUAAGUGCCAAACAAUACUCUCUGGAUAACCAGAUAGAGGCCGUGCUUCGACUACACACCCGUAAAACUGAUGAAGAAUGGAAUCGAGAGCUGAAUACCUUCCAAAAGAGAAAACAAGUUGUGCAGAAAAGAAUCAAAAAGAAAAUCAUAUCUUUGGACAUGCCUGAACAAAAAUCCAGUAUAUCUCUAAGAAGAAUACAUCUCAGACAAAGGACAGACAGCUACUGGGAUCCCUGUCACUUGCCCCCAUCUAAUAUAUCCCAAGGAGAAUUCACAAGGCUCCUUUGCUCAGCUGCAAAACUCAUUGUUACCACUACGCCAGAGGAUCAAAAGCAACAGAUUCCUUUGCACAGAAGACAAUUUAGUUGGGAAAAUCCAAAAAACAAAGCCUGUUUUUUACCCACUGUUCCCAAAGCCAACAUUAGUUUGAAAAUCCCAUCAUCACUGCAAGAAUCCAAUGGCAGCACAGAAGCAGCACAGAAUGAAACAGCAUGUACCGAUAACGAUGGAAUUGGUGAUAAAUUGAAUAAAAAAGAAGCAACAUUAAGUGAUACAAUUGAAGAGGAGGUGGAUUACAAAAUCACAGUUUAUACAGGAUCAGUUACUAAAUCACGAGGAAGACAAGUCCUAUUAAUAACAAUGGUUGGUGAAACAGGGAGAUCUGGAACGCUCUACCUUGCUAACUCCUCAACCAAUGAUUUCCCUUUUUGUGCAGGACAAGUUGAUGUUUUUCAUAUGAAAGCAAAGCAUGUUGGGAAAAUCAAAUAUAUUAUUACAGGAAUUCAUAGACGAGAGAGAAGUGGCAGGUAUUACUGUAAAACUAUCACUGUGAGGAAAGAUGCAGAUGAAGUCUAUAUAUUCCCCUGCAAUCGCUGGUUUGAUUCUUUCAAUACAAUUGUGCAUGGUGCCCCAUACUCCUUGGAAAGAAGAUCUACUGAGGAUAAAUUUAUGGAGACAAGAUAGCAUUAACUCAAACUAUAAAAACAAAUCCAAAUUGGCAACACCCAACAGCGAGGCUGAAAGGGAAUGGUCUUCUGCAUCUGGUACCCAUUUAGACGAGGAGAGUAAUGGCAAUAUCUCACAGUUAGCCUUAAUAAAGCAAAUUCUUUCAGACCCAGCAAGCAAUUGCCCUACUGCUCCAGAUUUUUACAGCAGUUUGAAGGAACAGGAAAGAGCACAAAUUACGGUUUCUCCAUUAUUCUCUGUGGGGAAUGUCAUCCAAAGUGCUUCUACUGGGCAGGCGCCUUCUAGUCAUUGCCAGCUUACUUAUCCCAACACACAGAUGUCAGGUUGUCCACCUGAAGAUCAGAGCAGCUUUUUCUCAGAUACAACCCUGGAUGAAGAGUACCUGUUCUCCGACACAUCUGACGAAAAUGAUGAAAAUAUCUCUUUUUAUUCAGAGUCCAGUAGUGUGGGUAAUCGGUCAGAAGAAGCAUGCAAGGCAGCAGACAUGAGGGAUGGAGCUUCCAACCCCGUGCAGAAGAGCCCUACAAAAGCCAGCAGUGAAAUGGCCCAUAUAUUUCAGAUAGCUUUGGAGGCAAUACAGAGUGAAGACCAGACUAAGCUAAAGCAUAUGUGUGAGCACCACUUUUUUCUCCUCAGUUCUACAGACAAGGAAGGUAGGACCCUGCUACAUCAUGCAGCUUCCCGUGAUAAUACAGCAAUAUGCCAGCUUCUCCUUGAAAACACGGUCGGGAUGAUUAAUAUAGACAGGCAGGAUGCAUAUGGAAAGACAGCGUUGCACUAUGCUGUAGAAAAUGGCAGCAGUGGGACAAUCAAAGUGCUUAUGAACAACAGAGCAAGUGCUGCCAUUCCGGAUGGAUAUUCCAAAACUGGCCUGGACGCCGCACUCCAGAAGCUUCAAGAGAUGUAAAACAGAGACUGAUAUCACCAAUUGUAUAGUGCAAGCAAACAGGUAGGAGCUCCUAUAGAAAUGCAAUUUGUAGGCCUUUUCUCUUUACAGUGUUAGUAUCAUCACAAUUUAUUAGUAUUAUCACAAGCACCACCAUAUUCCACAGUAAAAUAAAUAGGAGAAUGCACUGAACAUGCAGAUUUACAUGCAAAGCAACCAAUAACUGAAACAAGAGGUGAAAAUGGCCCUGUCUGAAAGAGCUUACAUCUGAAAAGAACUUUACCCUUGGAGCUGUGGUUUUGCUAAGUCAUUGCCGAUGUGGCCAUUUGCCCCGCUCUAGGUAUUCUCUUCCCUGCUGCUGGGGUUGCAAGCUUCUGUAGCCCGAAGUCUAUAAGCACUUCACUCCUAAAUCUUCUCUUCCUGCUUCUUUUUUUAGGAAGGGAGAGAACAAUCACUGUAGUAAACACAAUGCCCACUUAUGGUCUAGUCUUACCUGUAGGAGCCUGCCCUUCAUACAUUUUUUAGAAAUAUCCAGGUGGCAACUCCUUUGCAGAUCUGAUUUGGCACAACCAACCAUAUUACACAGAUUGGUUAGAUUGUGGACUGUUUAGUCCAUUUUAGAAGAAGCAGAAAGAACAAGGAGUCUUUUAUAAUUGUUACUACUACAGGUAUGGGACCUGUUAUCCAGAAUGCUCGGGACCUGGGGUUUUCCGGAUAAGUGGUCUUUAAAUAAGUCUGCCAAAAAUCAUUUAAAUAUUGAAUAAACCCAAUAGGCUUGUUUUGCCUCCAAUAAAGAUUAAUUAUAUCUUAGCAAGUACAAGGUACUGUUGUUUCAUUAUUACAGAGAAAAAGGAAAUCAUUUUUAAAAAUUAGAAUUAUUUGGUUAUAAUGGAGUCUAUGGGAGAUGGCCUUUCCGUAAUUCAGCAUAAUUUUCAGUGUGUGCAAGUGACAUUUUUAGUGUGCAAGUGACCCCCAAUUUUUUAGGCGCAAAUGUGCCGUUCCUAUUGGUGCUGGGUGGGAAGGGAACCCUGAAGCUACCAGUCAGGAGGUGGCAGGAACUCCAGGAUUCCCCUAUGUCAAUAGGAGCAGCAGUGCUUCUCUGAGAACUGAAGGCAGGAAGGACUUAUUGGUGUGUCAUGAUAAAUAAAGCAGCCUAAGGUAUCCAAAAAUCUUUCUCUAAUAUUUCUCUAUUAUGUUUCUGUAAGGAGUUAUGGACAUGACUAAUGCAGCGUCGAGCCUGUUGUGCCCCCUUUUUCUCCCCCUGUUCCGCAAGAAAUACAACGGACACUUAAUUGGGGAGAGAAGGCCGCAGUUGUUUUUUGCAAAUUAUUUAAUAUAAAUCAGCAAUUGUAUAUAUAAACCCAACCAUAACUAGUAUUAAACCAUUUGUAAAUCCAAACAUUAAACAUUAAGAACUCUGUUUGGCACAGUAUAAGACUUCUGUGUUUUUUCCCUUUUAUUUUAAAAAUACUGUUUGUAAUUAUUUUUCUGUAUGUCCUCUUGUAACAUCCUUUUGUAUACUGACUGUUAUACCUUUUAUAAUAUUAAAUACAAAAUUAAAUAAGUUUUGUCGUUGAUGCUCUAAAAGUGAACCCUAGCCUCAGAGUGUGUAACUGUGUGCCUUAGCCCUCUGCAUGCUGAUUAACCAUUUGACUGCUGAUAGGAAGUGUGUGUCAGUUCCCUUACAUUAACCCUUUAAUACUAGCAUGCUUGGCAUCUCUCAUUGCCAGUGUGAGACGUAUGAGUGGUGGCAGCAAAUUUUGUAUGAGUUUUGUGGGUGUUGGUUGGUAUUUGGGUGACCAAGCAAGUGACCCUCUACACUACACAGCCACGCCUAAAGUCACGUGCAGA